GGUCAGAUCGCGAAGUAGAGGAUCCGAAGCUGCUCUCGCCUAUCAAAAGUCGUCUCAAAACCAACUCUCACAAGAGCCAUGUCGUCGCUGUACAGGGACCCUUGGGCGCGGCGUGAGGCCUGGCGCAAGCACCCCGUCUUCUCACACCGCUUCAUGGUCCGGAACUUCAUCCCCGGCUUCGCUUUCGGCGUCGCAGCCUUUUCCGUCUAUCUCGCAGUGGAUGCGCUCACACACCCAAGCAACAUCGAAAAGCUCAAGGAGGAUGCGAGGAAGCAGAGAGGGGAGCAGUAAAUAGCGUAUGAUGUGCCCGGCUGGGUCCAGCAGUGGGUGGGCAGGUGGUCGCAAUCAACAUAACAUCGCACGUAUGAAUGCAGCGACUGACUCUGGCCUUGAGACCUUAUCCGAACGGGCAAGAGCCUGACUUAUGGUCUUCAAUGCUUUGAUUACUAAGAUCGUGCUACAACACAAGGUCCUGCGAGUCAUAGUUCUCUGCAAGAAGUCUAUAGACGAG